UUUCCUUCCAACAUGUGGCCCAUUGAAAACUAGCAGGAGGAGGCUUUCCUGCCCAACCGAUGCGCUCCCUCGAUCCGAUGUGGACCGAUCUCGCUCUUGGAGUGUGUAAUGGGCCUUCGAGAUAUAUAAAAGACGCCUACAUUUUUUGGCGAUAGUGCACUUUUCCCAAUUUUUGUUUUCCUGACGGCUUCUCUACGAGAUCUGGCUUUUUCCAACCAUACUUGAGGAUUUUUUUUCUGGUUUUCUUUUCCUUUUUUCUCUUUUCUUUCUUCUAUUUAGGAUUUCCUUCAUGAUGCUUGUCAAAUAGAUGGUCCGUCUAUAAAAUUCUCUGAAUAUGAUUUCAAAAUAGUGGACACUUACAUGAACAUUUUUUAAAAGUAUAUGAAGAAUUUCUUAAUUAUUUGAAUACUUUUCUUAAAAUGAAAAUAUUUCAACUUCCAUGUGUAUUUUUUCCAAUAGGUGAAUGAAAAACUAAAUAUAUUAAUAUUUUAAAAGUACAUAAAUAAUUUUAUUUUGAAUACGCGUGUUCUGUUAUUACAAAAGGAUACCUUUUUUACUUCUACUAUUUUAUCAGGUUGGUUCAUAAAACUCCCCAAAUAAUGUGUCAGUCGGACUACCGAUAGUUCAAAAAAAUUUCAGGGAAAACGUGGUUCAAAUUGUUUGGACCACAUGAUGCCGCACGCAGCUCUUAGAAUAAAUGCAGCAACUUUGGCCAGCAGUUUCUCUCUCUCUCUCUCUCUCUCUCUCUCAACCUCACUUAUCUCUCGCCCUCGAGCACUGCUUCGUGCAGCCAUGGAGAACCACCGUGACGACGGCUUCGCUUCCAGCGCUGCUUCCCUCGAGGGGAUUAGGGGGCUCGCCGCGGGUGAAGACCCCAUCCACGUCGAAACCAUGACCCCGACACAAACAUAUCAAGUGUUAUCUGGCGACGACAGCAUGGAGAUGAUGAUGAGAGGGGUCAACGGAGACCCGUGCGAUUUCCUGACCAAGCCCCCGGGCAACGACGGGAUGCACAACAUCCGCUGUCCUGUCAAGGAGCGAAGCCUCAACGCUGCCGUCAACGCCGCCCCCGCAAACACCGAUCCUCGCUCCAGCCAGGAUGGCAAAUCGAGGAAGAGGCCAACGGAAGUGGACCACUCCGACGCGGGGGGCUUCGGUAGCAGGACUGCCAAGAAGAUCACUACAGAGAAGCAUGCAUUACUUCACAAAGUGGCCAACAACCGGAUCAUUGGAACAGAAGGUGCGUGCAAUUUAUGCAAACAUAUAGUCCAAUAUCUCCAUGUCGGGCACAUUGUGCUAUAUGCGAUCAUACAUAAUCGUUUCUGCGUGUUUUAUUUCUUCGUGCUUAUUUACUAGUAGUACAUAGUAACCAAUGUGUAAGCAUGCAUGCAUAUGUAAGUUUGUGAUGUUGAUGUAGGAGACAGUGAGUACUAUAUAUAUGCAUGUUAGGCCAAAAUGGUGUCGUCUUCUAGUGGUAUAGUCUAGAGUGUAUGAAGUGCUUAAUUUUCACCCAUACUGGCAUAGUCCUGGCAUGUUUGGAUGGUUGGUGCAUGGCUUGUUUGGAUGUUUGUGAUUUUAAUAGGAGAUAGUGAGUGCUAUAUACUCCCUCCGUUUCA